CUUGGUUUGAUGUUUCUGAUGAAGCUGUGAUGUGGAAAACGGUUUGUAAUCAAUGAGGUUUUGGACCAUUGCGUUGAAGCAGGGAUGAGUACUGCAUGGCAAUUUGACUUCCCAAUUUAUACUUUUUCUUUUGGGAAAUUUCUUAGUUUUGAUUGUCAUUUUCACUUCUCACAACCCUAAUCAAUCUGUGUGCUCUCUUUUUUCUUGCAUCACUUCCCAUUUAAAUCUGUGUGCUCUCUCUCUUAUCUGUGUCCGUUUUUUGUCUUCCUGGGAUAGACUCCAACUCACGUGAACGAACGUCACUGUAGUUACAGUUCUCAUUGGGCAUUCUAUUUUAUGGUAUUCAAACCAGAUUGCUAUGGUGGUGUAACUUCAGAUGAUGUUUUAGCAGAAAGCUGCCUUUUUUUGGUUCCCCACUAGCUGAAUUGGGGACAAACUACCAUUGGAGCCCCAUCAACAUCUGCUGCAUGCCUUUGGGCGUUUCUGACAUUUAUCUAAAGUUGCUGUCCAGUACACUUGUCUACUUUUGGACUCUUGUUUAGAGCACUGUUUCAUCUGGUACACCUGGUUUAUACCCAUUGGUUCUGUCCUUGCCUGCCCAGGAAUUAAGUUCAGAUCUGGAUUGAGGUAGAUUUUUCUUAUCUAUGUUGUUGUCGUUGAUAAUUCAAGGUUCUUGUAGUAGCUCCUAAGCCGGUCCCUGUUUACUUUAUUGGAAUGGUGAUUUGAUACAGAGGAACGAACUUCAUAGAUGGCUGUGGAUGAAUUGAGCAAGUCUGUGUGGAGUAGAGAGCAAGAUAUAGCAUUCGAGAAUGCCCUGGCAACCUACCCUGAGGAUUCCUCCGAUAGAUGGGAGAAAAUUGCUGCAGAUGUUCCGGGGAAGUCCUUAGAAGAGGUAAAGCUUCACUAUGAGAUCUUGACUGAUGACAUUAGCAGGAUCGAGUCUGGCUGUGUUCCUCUACCUUGCUACAACUCCGACAACUCCACGGGGCAUGAUGGUGAUGAAGGAACUAGCAAGAAAGGUGUCAAUCUUGGACACUCCAACAAUGAUUCAAAUCUAGGAAAGUCUACUAGGGCAGAUCAGGAGCGUCGAAAGGGGAUUCCCUGGACAGAGGAAGAGCACAGGUUAUUCCUUCUGGGAUUGGACAAAUAUGGGAAGGGUGACUGGAGAAGUAUUUCGAGGAACUUUGUUGUGACGAGAACACCUACACAAGUAGCAAGCCAUGCCCAGAAAUACUUCAUUCGUUUAAACUCUAUGAACAAGGAUAGGAGACGAGCUAGCAUUCAUGACAUCACCAAUGCUAAUGAUGGAGAUGCACCAGUAGUGCCCCAAGUAGGACCCAUUACUACUGGACACACUAACGGAACUGCCACAUCUGGAAAGUCCAACAAGCAACCGGCCCUAGCUCCUGCUCCCCCUCCCCCUCCUACUCUUGGAGUUGCUGCUAUAUAUGGCGGAACAACUAUUGGACAGCCAGUAGGAGUACCACUUGUUCCUGCAGUCGCCACACCAAUGAAUAUCCCGCCACAUGCUCACAUAGCUUAUGGAACACCUACCAUCCCUGGACCAGUGGUGUCUGGUGCUCCUAUGACCUUGCCUGCAAUGCCUCAUACAUCUACCCAUAGGUGAAUCAUUUUCUCAUCUGACAUCGGUACAAACUGAAGCGAAUAGCCGUUUCUUUUUUCUUUGGGGGGGGGGGGGGGGGGGGGCAUCGACAUUAAGACAUCAUAAAAUAACUUAUUAUGGUGUCACUGAGAGACCCACCCUUCGGUAGAAUUCUUGCUUUCUGUAAAAGUUGAUAUGAGUUGUUUUAGAGAUGUUGCUUUCAUCUUUGUAGGCAGCCAGUGAUAUGGUAGCACUUAGUUUAGGAGAGUGAAAUUGUUGCCUUCAAGCGGGAUAUUCUCACAUGAAAGUAGCUGUACACUCGUACAGCACUUGUGAUCUCUCCUGGGAAGUGUAUAGCCAUAUCCAGCACCUGUGUAUUCUAUGGAAACCGCCUGUGGGCUGUGGCGGGCUGAGUUUAGAUGGUCAUAUGCUAAUAGUCCAUUCCUGGUUUUGUUUAUUUAUUUGCUUGUAUUUGAUUUGUUUCAUCAUAUUCAGGCUGAGAGAGGAUCCCAACAACUGGGGUGUGUCGUGUGUCUCUUGGCAUUUCAUGCUUUGUCAUGUGAAAUAUAACAUAAUCAAAAGUUAGCUUAUUUUUGAAAGUGGAAU